CCCCCUCCCCAGCCCUCUCUCUCUCUUCCUUGUGACAUGCGUUAACUUUUCUUUAUGCCCUUAUUCCAGCGUCAUAAUGUUUUAUGUUUCAUCGGGCUUUGGUUUUCAACUCGUAGUGUGUGAACGUGUGGUUCACCCCACGCUGCCGUUAGCUGAGGUUUUUUACGGACGAGGAUGUGUUGGGGAACGCGAAGUAAACGGUGUUGGUGGGGAACAUGCGAUGCGUUCAAAAACAGGUUUGUUGUGAUUCAUGUGUUAUAGUGUUAUUACAUAGUGUCGAUGGAGGAGGCUGCGUCUGGCGAGUAUUUUCGUGCAGGCAGGAAAACUUCACGGGUUUAUUUUCUGGUGGGAAGUGUCAGUCGGACUUAUGUAACGCUGCAUUCGCAACAUUGUGGGUUUUCGAGGAAGAGAAAAAAACAGACCCGGGAGUCUUGUAAGCCAAGCGACAACGUGUUCUCUGCGAGUUGGCGCUGCACACUUUGAACAGGGCAGCAUUACAGAGGGGCAUUGUAGGGCUAUUGAUUCACUGGUGGUCCCUAGUGUACAAAGUGGACAAUUUGAUGACAGUGGGUUACAAACCAGGGAACUAUGCGCAGGUAUGUUUACAUAACCUGCACUUCCAUGUGAUAAUUCUCGUGGUGGGCUUCUUGCAGAGCGGGUGGGUGUCGCAUAAAAAAUUUAUAUCCAGGCAAUGCUUGUGUUGACAUUGCAGAUGUCCAAUGAAGCAAACUGAAUGUAAAUUCAAUGUUGUUUUCAACAGCGUCCGCACCAAAUUGCAUCAUUGCUAAAAGAAGACUGCCAACUUAUCUCUGACGGCGGAGGCGGCCGGCGUGGAGGACAUGAUGCCGGGUCAGAUACCGGAGCCCUCGCUAGCCCCGGGCUCACUGCCCAGCCUGGGCCCGCUGGCCGGGAUCUCGGCCACCACGCUGACGGACCAGCUCAAGCUGCACGCCGACUUCAGGCAGCUGGGCGCCAUGCUGCACCCUCUGCACUUCCUGGACCGGCUGGGCAAGAGGCCGCUGGCCAUCAAGACAGAGAUGGACGAGGACGACGAUAGGAGGAAACGACGGCGGGAGAAGAACAAGGUGGCCGCCGCGCGAUGCCGGAACAAAAAGAAGGAGAGGACGGACUUCCUUCAAAAGGAGUCGGAGCGUCUGGAGACGGUGAACUGCGACCUGAAGGCCCAGAUCGAGGAGCUGCGUGUGGAGCGCCAGCAGCUCAUGGUGAUGCUCAACCUGCACCGGCCCACCUGCAUCGUGAGGACCGACAGCGUCAAGACCCCCGACGGGGAGGCCAACCCCCUGCUGGAGCAGCUAGCCCGGACCCCGCCCAAGUGAAGCAGACCACAGCAACACAAACAACAACAACAACAACAACAACAACAACAACAACAACAACAACAACAAAGGCACUGAUCGAAAUCGAUUGAAUCAAAACGACAACAAACUGAAAAACUGAAACUAGCAAACCCUCAAUCGAGCACUACUGCGGCGGCCAUUUUCUGUGACUCAAGGGGGAGAAGAAGAGGGAGACGAGGAGGAGGAGGAGGAGGAGAUGGAGAGAGAGGAAGGACAGAACGGACACACUUGUCUACAUAAGCACUUGAGCUCUGAGCUGGAGCAUUCAGAGACUCGCCUUCAGGGGCACAAAGACCUCAGAGGGGGAGGGGGGGGGGGCUUGCUACACGAGCUGGCUCUAUCCAAUCAGAAGACUAGGAGGACCCCCCCCCCUCCCCCCUCCCAUCCCUGUUUAUCUGCAUUAACUCCUUUCUUUUUUUUGUACUUUCUGGUUGGCUUUUUGUUGACAAACCCGCCGUGCCUCAUCGCUACCGUAACCGUGGUUACACAAUGGGACACACAGGGAGGAGAGUGGAACGACUGGAAGCCGAACAGACUCGACACACUAACGCCAAGACGGUGCUCUGUCACAAAACGCCUGAGUCAGGGGUGUGUGUGCGUGUGUGUUUGUGUGUGUGCGUAUGCGUGUGUGGUUGCGUUAGCCUGUGUGUGUGUGUGUGUGUGUGUGUGUGUGUGUGUGUGUGUGUGUUUGUUUGUGUGUGCGCGUGUGUGUAGGAGCCAACAAGGCGAAGUGUUUCCGCGGUUUUCCUUCGUAUUCUAGUAAAAUAUAUACAUGCGUUUUUUUUUUAAGCAUUUGAUACUCGAACACCAAAACAGAAAAGAGAGAGAGCGAGAGACGGAGAGCGUGCGACAGAGGCGACAUCUCUGCUCGGGUUUUUAUAAUGUUGUGGUUGGUUUUAUACGAUACGGUUGAACCAGUCCUUGCGUGUUGGCGCAGGCGUCACGACAAAGCACAUAUACUAAAACACAUGGAAUGUUUACACGCGUGUUCCUUCGGCCAUGUUGUCUGUCCAUUAUUGUACCUGUUUUAUACGGCUUUAUACAUGAUGACAAUACGUAAAACAUAUAUUAUGACAUGCUUGUCGGUCACUUGAUGUGAUCGAGUUUUAAACUUUAUUAUUACGGUCUACUCUUUUUUUUGUUUUUCUUAAGUCCACUUAUGUGUUUUUAUUGCGCUGUUAAACAGACGUAAGGAAUUAAGCAGAAAUCGUAAUCCGCUGAGCAGAAAUUCAAUUUCAAUGUUUUCAACUUGCACCUACUAUGUAUCUUUAUUAGUCUGUAUGGAAUAAAUUUUAUUUUCAAACUAUGAGAUAUGUUAUUGAGUCACUUCUAAUUCUUAGAAUAGGUCCAAGCUACAAAAUAGGGAACUUGUUAUAGGGGACGAUUAGGUCCAGUGGUUAAAAGGGUGAUAGGCCUACUAUGCCACCCGGUGUGAGUGUGAACGGCUUGUAAUGGCUCAUCACACUCACACCUGGUGGCAUAAUAUCACCCCUUUAAUUUAUUAUGAUAGACUAGCGGUGAAGCGUCUUUAGAAAAACAUGGAUGGAAA